AUGACUCCAAAUAUUCCUCCUACCACUGAACCGGUGAUUAAACUUGUAUUAUUGUUUUCUAAUGCUUUAGCUUUAGGAGAUUUUACUGGAGUUGGAGAUGCUGCAGGUGUUUUUGCUGUAGCUGGUGCUUUUCCAUUUGAUGGUGCUUUACCGUCAGGUCCUUUACCUGGUGCUUUACCUGGUGCUGGUGCUUUACCGUCAGCUGGUGCUUUACCAUCAGCUGGCGCUUUACCAUCUUCUGGUGCUUUACCAUCUUCCGGUGCUGGUGCUUUACCGUCGGCUGGUGCUUUACCAUCUUCUGGUGCUGGUGCUUUACCGUCGGAUGGUGCUUUACCAUCUUCUGGUGCUGGUGCUUUACCAUCGGCUGGUACUGGUGCUUUACCGUCAGAUGGUGCUUUACCAUCUUCCGGUGCUAGUGCUUUACCGUCGGAUGGUGCUUUACCAUCUUCUGGUGCUGGUGCUUUACCGUCGGAUGGUGCUUUACCAUCUCCUGGUGCUUUACCAUCUCCUGGUGCUUUACCAUCUUCUGGUGCUUUACCAUCUCCUGGUGCUUUACCAUCUUCUGGUGGUAAUUCUUGA